GUCAUCAGUCAGCGCCCGUAUCGCGUACUUACCAUUGGCUGGCGCUAAGACGGAGGCGGGCGUUGUCCAAUGAGAGGCGCCGCGUGCCUAGAGGCGGAACCUGCGGAAGCUGGUGUUGGGGCGCCACGGGGCAGAAUGACAAAACAGAAGAGAAAAGUUCCUGGAGGGCCAGAGAAAAAGAGCAAAAGCCGGAAGAAGGCCUGCAUGGAGGAGGAGCCGCGGGCGCCCGAGGCCGGGCCGGAUGUUCAGGAUGCCAACCCCACCCUGACCCCGGAGCAGAAGAGGGUCCUGGAACGGAAGCUCAAGAAGGAACGCAAGAAGGAGGAGAGGAAGCGACUGCGGGCGGCAGGGCAGGCGGCCCAGGCCCCGUUGGCGCAGCGCUCGGGCGCGGAGCUGGCCCUGGACUACCUGAGUGGGUGGGCCCAGAAGCAGGCGGGCUGGCGGUUCCAGAAGACGCGGCAGACGUGGCUCCUGCAGCACAUGUUUGACCAGGACAAGGUCCCUGACAAGCACUUCCCCACACUGCUGGCCUACCUGGAGGGGCUGCAGGGCAGAGCCCGUGAGCUGACCGUGCUCAAGGCCGAAGCCCUGAUGCGGGAGCUGGAUGCAGCGGAUAAUAUACGUGACUCCCCGGGGAAGGCGCAGCGCCUGCGGCAGGUGCUACAGCUGCUGUCCUAGCAGGGG